AUGACGAGUACACAUACGCACACAUGUUCACAUACACCCCUUCUAUACAGUGGGAGUGAUGCUCUACCCCAUACCGAGGUCAUCAGUGCCUCUGAGGGCGAGGCGGGUGCUGCAAAGACUGUUAAGUUGGUUACACAGCACCUGCGGGAGUAUAUGCUCAGUCUGUACCAACAGAGGAAGACACUGGAGCUGAGAGUGUUGGGCCGCUUACUGCAGAUUAGCAC